AUGAAGUUCUCUCUCGCCCUCCUUGCUGCCGGCCUCGUUGCCGCCCAGGACUUCUCCGGACAGCCUGACUGCGCCAUCCCCUGCCUUCGCGAUGCCAUCCCCAAGGUUGGCUGCGCCCUGACCGACACUGCCUGCCAGUGCGCCUCCGACAAGCAGGAGGCCCUCGUCCCCGUCGCCGCUCCCUGCCUGCUCUCCGCCUGCAGCUCCGCCGACCUGGGUAAGGCCCAGGCCGCUGCCGCCGCCGCUUGCCAGAAGUUCCUGGCCACCGCCAGCGGCUCCACCAAGCCUACCGGCUCUGCCGCCUCCGCCGCGUCCUCCGCUGCCGGCGCUCUCUCUUCUGCCGCCGCCUCCGUCAGCGCCUCUGCCUCCGCUGCCAUCACCUCCGCCGCCUCUGUUGCGUCUUCCGCUGCCUCCGUCGCUUCCUCUGCUGCCUCCGUUGCCGCUUCCGCCUCCCGCAACGCGACUGCUUCCAGCACCACCCUCUCCGGCAGCCGCACUCCCUCUGCCUCCGCCACCGGCACCGGUGCCAGCGCUACUGCCUCUGCUACCGGUGCCGCCGGCCAGGCUACUGCUGCUGUUGGCGGUGUUGCCGUUGCUGCUCUGUUCGGUAUCGUUGCCGCCCUCUAA